GAAAGGGCGGAAGGCCAGAGUCUUGCGUUAGGUGUGCGUACGGCUGUUCUCGGCCCGGGAGGAGUUGUUUUGUCGGCGUGUAGACCUCCUCUUUUCGCGCGGAGGACUCUGCUUUCGUCGCACCUCCCAGGCUCUUUACGUUGUUGCUUGGGAGCGUCAGCUUUGAGCAAGGGCGCCCGCACAUUUCAGUGGAAAAGACUAAAGAUUAGAUUGGAAGAAAAGAGUAGAAGCCAUGUUUCGAAGACCUGUAGUACAGGUGCUUCGUCAGUUUGUAAGACAUGAGUCUGAAGUAGCUAGCAGUUUGGUUCUCGAAAGGUCUCUGAAUCGUGUGCAGUUGCUUGGUCGAGUAGGUCAGGACCCUGUCAUGAGACAGGUAGAAGGAAAAAACCCAGUCACAAUAUUUUCCCUAGCAACAAAUGAGAUGUGGCGAUCAGGGGAAAAUGAAACCUACCAAAUGGGUGAUGUCAGUCAAAAGACAACAUGGCAUAGAAUUUCAGUGUUCCGACCGGGCCUCAGAGAUGUGGCGUAUCAGUAUGUGAAAAAGGGGUCUCGAAUUUUUGUGGAAGGGAAAGUAGACUAUGGUGAAUAUACGGAUAAAAAUAAUGUGAGACGACAAGCAACAACAAUUAUAGCAGAUAAUAUUAUAUUUCUGAGUGACCAGAUGAAAGAGAAGCCGUAGACUGGACGAUUCUUCUCUGGCCGGUGUUUGGUACAGUCUCAUUUCCAAAUCAUGCUAGUGUUUAUAGUUCCUAAGGACAAGAAUUAAAAUACUCUCCGUUAUAAAAUGAGUGAUAACAUUUUCCUGACUCUCACUUCCCUUCCCCUUUUUGUGUCAUGAACUCUGAUAGCUCCUGCCUGUUAAUGGUAUUCACUGAUUGUUUAUUCUUUAAGAGAAGGUUUCUGUGUACAAAAUUGUGAACUUUUAGGUUCAUCCAUGUUAUGGCAAAGGGAUGAAUGUCCUUUGGGAAGGCCCCCUGACCCCCACCCCCCCUUUUUUGUGCAUACUUCUAUUAUAGCAUUGAGUCAACCACCACAGUGUUUUUGAGCAUUGCUGUAUGUCAGACAUUUAGCCCAUGGUUGCAGAUAACUGAUUUCCUUAUCUGGUUUAUAGGCCAGAAGGCAAGGGCUGUAUCUUCUUUGUGUACUUGUGUGUUUAACCAGUGCUUUGCACAGAGUAGGCAAUAAAUGUUGACAUGUGAAUGAUCCCAAUAGGAUAAUGAGCUUUUAGCCCAAAGUGAAGGGGUUUGCUGAGCAGCAGUUAGUAUCUAACCUAAAUAGCUUCAAGACUAAGCUACCUCAGUCCCAUCUUUCGUUUUUGGACAAUUUCACUAGUAGCAUUUAUGAAACAGUUUACCAGCAGUAAAGACCUGAAGUGCAAUUGGGGAUGAAAUUGUUCAUCUCCAGGAGGUGAUACAGGGGCUCUGGUUUCACACUAUUUUCUUUCUUUCUAAGCCCCUAUUCUCUGUCCUUUUAGUCUCAUCCGGAGCUCUCUCUUUUUAGGGAGCCCCCUCUGGCAAUGCGUCUCUAGGUUAGUGCCCCAGGUAUGACAUUUCCCUUUAGUUUUUCUACAUGGUUUCCUGCUGUCCAUACUGUGUACACUUGUGUACACACAAUCACUUUCAUUAUAAGAUUCUAACACAGAGCACUAACAAUUUACUAGCAAUGAUUAAAUGAAAUAAACUCAGUGUUUUAAAUGCA